UCUCUCUCUCUCUCUCUCUCCUUGACUCUUGCAGCCCAGAAGUGGAUGUACGGCGGGUUGGAUACCAACGUUUUCUUGCAAUACAUGGCUUGGAUUACCUACCCCAUUGUGCUCAUCACUUUCUCCGCUGGCUUUACUCAGAUCUUAGCCCCGCAGGCGGUGGGCUCUGGCAUCCCAGAAAUGAAAACUAUCCUGCGUGGAGUGGUGCUGAAGGAAUACCUUACCCUCAAGACCUUCGUGGCCAAAGUCAUUGGACUGACCUGUGCCUUAGGCAGCGGGAUGCCUUUGGGGAAAGAGGGACCCUUUGUCCACAUAGCCAGCAUGUGUGCAGCCCUCCUCAGCAAGUUCCUUUCCGUCUUUGGAGGCAUUUACGAGAAUGAAUCCCGCAAUAUUGAGAUGUUGGCGGCUGCUUGCGCGGUGGGCGUUGGGUGCUGCUUCGCUGCUCCCAUUGGCGGUGUCCUUUUCAGCAUCGAAGUCACUUCCACGUUUUUUGCUGUCCGCAACUAUUGGCGCGGCUUCUUCGCAGCCACUUUCAGCGCGUUCAUCUUCCGGGUCCUUGCGGUGUGGAACAAAGAUGAAGAAACCAUCACGGCUCUUUUCAAAACCCGCUUCCGGCUGGACUUCCCCUUUGAUCUGCAAGAGCUGCCGGCUUUUGCAGUGAUUGGGAUCGCCAGUGGCUUCGGAGGAGCCCUCUUUGUCUACUUCAAUCGCAAAAUUGUGCAAUUCAUGCGUAAGCAGAAGACCAUCAACCGUUUCCUGAUGAAAAAGCGCUUGCUUUUUCCUGCUCUCGUCACCUUCCUCAUAGCAACGCUGACUUUCCCACCUGGUUUCGGACAAUUCAUGGCAGGCCAGCUCACCCAGAAAGAAACCCUGGUCACCUUGUUUGAUAACCGCACGUGGGCAAAGCAGGGCUUGGCUGAAGAAUUUGAGUUCGGUGGCGUUUCGGAAGCCUGGAAACACCCCCGCGCCAAUGUCUUUGUCACCUUGGUGGUGUUCAUUCUUAUGAAG